CCUAAGAACGACAGCUAGCCCCGGGCUUUUUGCUUCCUCAGCCUGCGCAUUCUUAAAUUGCAGCAAUACUCUUCUCCUAUUUUCUUUUUCCCACGAACUCGCCCUCCAUUCGAGUUCUGUGGCGUAACUCGACCACACUUGGACGGUGGCCCUAGUUGUUUGAUACUCGCAUCGUUCAAAGCAACCUCGAACGCCCAACAAUUCACGAGACGGCAACAAUCAGCGACAUAGGACUUAUUCUCUUCUAUCCACAGCCGCCAUUCACCUUGCCAUCGUCUGCUAGAGUGUUCGUCGUUCGGGCGGCCUACUCUUCUCCUAUCUUCCCAGCAAACCACCCCGGAGUUUGGUUGUUCUUUUGCAGUCCCGGAAGAUGACGCUGUCCGAGACCUCCAAGCUUGCGGCACCGCAUCCUCCUACGGAAACCGCGCCUGCUUCUCGCCGGACCGCUCUACCAACAAGACCCACGUCUUCGAAGGACCUUGGGGGCACAACACAACGUUCAAGGCAAGAGACCGUUCUUCGCGAGGGGCAAAGUCCCUCUGGGCCCGACGCAGGGACUUCACCAGCACCACCACACAUCUCGCCGGCUCCCCCGAGUCCUCCACAUCGCGGGGCGACAAGCCCCUCAAGCCAGGGCAAAUCAAAUCCUGGUUCCAGCCAGGCAUACACUGGUCAAAUUUGCAGUAACUGUGGCACGACGAGAACCCCUCUCUGGCGGAGAUCACCGCAAGGCGAAACGAUUUGCAAUGCGUGCGGAUUGUACUUGAAGGCUAGGAAUGCCUCCCGCCCAAUCAACUUGAAGCGCCCACCGGCCAUCCCUGGAAGCGGCGCUCGACAAUCGCCCGUCAAGCUGUCUCCCAAAGCCCAAGUCCCGUUGUUGCCGAAUGCGUCAGUAGCGAAGUAUGUUGCCGCCGAUCAGACGCCGUCGGGAUCAUGCCCGGGCGGAGGGAGAUGUAAUGGUACGGGUGGCGCCGAGGGAUGCAGUGGCUGUCCGGCGUUCAACAAUCGGGUCUCAAAAAGUGCAAAUUUGAGUGUUCUGAAAUGCCAGGGAGCAUCCAAACCGGCCCCCAGUAGCCGGGACGACCCGACACCGAUCGACGUCGCGGCCUUACAGCUCCAAAACCAAAACACUACUGUCGUCAUCGCAUGCCAGAAUUGCAGCACGACAAUUACACCUCUGUGGAGGAGAGAUGAGGCUGGUCAUACCAUCUGCAAUGCUUGCGGACUCUACUACAAGCUCCAUGGCGUACAUAGGCCGGUGACGAUGAAGAAGGCUAUUAUCAAACGGAGGAAACGAGUCAUACCUGCACCAGGUGGCGGGCAGGAUUCAGAAAGUGCGCCUAGCGAACGCGCGGACUCGCCGCCCUCCGAAACGGAAACACCGAAGGAAAAGGGAUCAGUCAAUCCAGAUGGUUCCGUGAAUUUGGGACUUCGACGGCGGCAGGAACCGUCUUUGACCCUGGUCCCGGAGACGAUUCUCAGGCAAAAUCGACAAACCUCGCCGCUACCCCUGAGCGGGUUAGGACAAUAUCACUCGUCCCACCAGAACCAGCAUCAUCACACCCCCGAAUCUCUCACCAACGAGAACCGGCUCGCCCCCUUAACCUCUAUCCCAAUGCCGCAAGACCGCCAAUCAUCGUUGUCGCCGGCAUCCUUCCUCUCACCACCGCGGAAACGGUCGUUCUCUGCCGCAGACAUGGAUCCCCAUUAUCAAAACGAUACCGAUCAACCGAAACGCCUCUCGUCUAUCAAAUCGAUCCUUAACCCUACCGCCAUGAGCCCGGCACCUGAAGACACUCCCGGACAGCAACCUCAGUAUUUUGCAACACCAGGCAGCACGGCGGCGUCCUCGCCGAGUCCGGGGCCGUACCCUACUAGUGGCCACACGGCAGCCCCCCAUCAACUUCCGAGCCCGCGAAGUGUUCAUGCGCGCGAAGGGGAGAGAUCCAAAACGGAGAAGCGUGCGAUGCUGGAGCGGGAAAGAGAGAUGAUGCGGGAACUGCUGGCUGCAAAAGAAAGGGAGCUGGCCGAGCUGGGAGAGUAAAUACGGAGAGGGCUUAUUUCGGGAUUGGAUACGGAUUAAGGAAGGAGGUUACAGUUAUACAGUUAUACCCAGGACACGAGAUUCAUCCACUC